UGCCGCCGCCGCCGCCACCACCGUCGCGUUGUUGACACCCGUCAGUCAGUGAUGGCCGUGCCCGUGUCCGUGGUUUUCGUGCUCUACGAGGGUUUCGUCUAACUCACUUGCUUCUGUUUAUUUUUUUUUCUUUAUAAUUUUCUAGUUGUUUUUUUAUUUUAACCGAUCGCAGUUCGAUACGUUCUAAUUGUUAUAUUCUUACACGGAAAAUAUAUUUAACAUAACACUGCGACUGUUUAGAAUUUUUUUUUGUUUUUGCGCGGACUCUGACUUGCCGUUUGCAUAUAUUUUGCAGAUUUAAAAAAAACACGAUGACCAGUCAACGUGAUUUUCCGUGAUAAAUUUGUAUGUCAGUUAACUAUAAGAAAAUAUUUCUACAUUGUUGUUUUUGUAUAGUUUAACGUGCGUCUUGUGCGUUUACCGUUAAAACACGCCGGAAGCGGACAGACCUUAGACAACAUGACCCGGAGGAAGCAACAUUGCCCCAAAAGAAUGAAAUGUGAGUACCAUUUUCCUGUACGUGUAACUGGGCGUAAAUCGACCUGAAAAAGACGAAUUGAGUUUUCAAAACUCACUACAAUCCCCAAGACGGUCGUUCAUUACGGCCGAGUGCCAAGACUUGUCAAAAGCUUUGUAUCGUCCAUCUGUACUUUCGUUAUACGUGCCAUUGUAUGUGUGUCAUAUUGUGCAUAUUAGCCUCUUGUUGAAAACAAAUUGAGGACGCUAACGUCGAAGCUUGGACUUUAAAGGACACAUACCGUAGUAUCCCGCGUUGUUAGGACAAUUCAUCAGUCUUUUGCGCCUCUUACCUUUAAUGAAAUAUGCCAACGGGUUUAUGUGCGCUCGGGAAGGUGGUGAGGGAGAAGAACCGCCAGCGGGAUACCAAGAAGACGACGGCGGUUGCCCAGAAGACGACGAGGACGAAGAAGAAGAAGAGGAAGAAGGCGUAUCCGGUGGCUCUUCGGGUUCACCGCCAAGAUCUCCCGUUCCUUCAAACACGGACGUCGAACAGGAUGCUGCCAACUUACCUUUAAGAGAGACCAGCAGUCCUUCUAAAAUGAGCAGAGGAUCUCCUAGAAGUGAAUCAAGUCUGCCUCCCUUUGAAGUGCCAUUGAUAGCCACUGUAUCUCCUGGUCGUUCUCCGCCUGUAUCUACCGAUAUUUUAGACUUCAGUACUAAGAGACCUGUCAGUCCUGUAUCUCCUCCAUCAGCUAUGAAUCUAAGUGGUAGUAAUGAUGAUACGCCAAUUGAUCUUACUAUAAGAAGUAAAAAAAUGCGACUAGACCACUCAACUUCAUCUUCACCAUCUAAUAAUGAUAUAUACGCACGGAUGAGCCGACCAUGGGCACAAUAUACAUCACCAGUGAUGCGGCCAACAUCAAGGACUGAUAUGGUCACACCACCUAGUGAUUCACCAAUGCAUUUGUGGAAUGGAAGUGGAAAGCAUACUGGUGGUAAGUUAUCUUACGGCUCGUUUCCAUCAGCGACUAGUGACGCAACAAAAGCUUUGGAGAAGAUGUGUGAGCUAAGUAAGCUUCAGGAUGAAACGCCGCGAUCAGUGUUGACGCCUAGCUCUGGGCGACACAGUGCGUGGCAAUCGCACUGGCUCAAUAAAGGUGCAGAUCAGACUAAAGAUGUGCUUAAAUGCGUGUGGUGCAAGAUGAGUUUUCCUACAUUACAAGCUAUGUCUGCACAUAUGGCAGAAACAAAACAUGGAACUGCUGCUGCCCAAAGCUUACAACCUCCGCCACCGCCACCACCUGCACCAGUAUCUUCAUCUGCGUCGUCUUCCGGACACAAAAACGAUCUCAACAUGCUUAUGAAAGAAACUAUGCCAUUACCUAGAAAACUUGUUCGUGGACAAGAUGUUUGGUUGGGAAAAGGCGCCGAACAAACCCGACAGAUACUCAAAUGCAUGUGGUGUGGUCAGAGCUUCAGAUCAUUGCAAGAAAUGACCACGCAUAUGCAACAAACUCAGCACUACACUAACAUUAUUUCUCAAGAGCAAAUCAUAUCGUGGAAAUCUGCUGACGAAAAUAAGUCAUCUACAGGUGGUGGCUCAGCUUCAUCUUCUGCUACUAGUUCAUCACUUUCUGGCUCGGCCAGCUCGUCAGCUAAUCACGUUAGUGCUGUGCUUACGUGUAAAGUUUGCGACCAGGCAUUUAAUUCUCUCAAAGAGUUAAGUGUACACAUGGUGAAAAAUUCACAUUAUAAGGAACAUAUGAUGCGUUCAAUUACUGAGGGUAGUAAUAGACGACGUCAAACCAGAGAGAAACGUAAAAAAUCGUUGCCAGUUCGUAAAUUGCUAGAAUUAGAGCGAGCUCAACAUGAAGUAAAGAACGGCGAUGGAGGAUAUGUGUCACCGGGUGCUAGUUUUAAACCAUUGAACGAUAUAAAUCAUCGACUUGGUCGUAUAAUAUGUGAGAAAUGCGGGGAAAAAGUAGACGUCGCUGGAUUUAUGGAACAUUUACGGGUGUGUGUGACUAUGACACCAGAUCAAAAGAACCUUUUAAAGACUGCACUGAUGUCACAAAAUGCUCUGUCUCCAGAAUUAGCUAGGAAUGAGAAAAGACCAAAGAAAGAAGAUAGAUCUCAUCAAGGGCCUGCUGUGGCUGACCUGUCGGUUAAUAAACCGGCUACCUCUAGUGGUAGUACUUCUUCACCAUCAGUUUUAAACGCUAUCGAGAAACUUAUUGAGAAGAGUUUCGACUCGCGAUUAAGAUAUGGCACGGCAGCGUCUGGAACUUCCAUUGGCGAAAGUAUUUUGAAACGGCUAGGCAUCGAUGAGAGUGUUGAUGCUACCAAACCGAUUAUGGACAUGCAGGCCAUGAACCUGUUGAGAAAUUAUCAGUCGAUGAGUCGACAUGAGCGAAGUGGUAGUGAGUCAAGUUCUAUGUCUCCCGAGUUGGCAGCUAUGCGUAGUGAUUCCACCACUCCCGAUAGGAAGUCAUCUUAUGAUCCGGACUACCAGCGCAUGCGCUCAGUAACGCCUAAAUCAGUAGCCGAUCGGCAGUCGCCAUCUGCAAAGUCUAUGACAGCUAAAAGUGACACAGCUGAUGUGAAAAGUGAAGCAGCUGACGAAGAGUUUGAUGUUAAAAAGGAAUACGUCGAUGAGGACGAACUCAAAAGUCCUGUAGAUGUUAGAGUAAGUGUAGAAUCAGCCGAAGCUGUAUCUAAUGAAGAAAUAAAUGGUAAAAAUUUAAGUAGAGGUGCAACUCCUACCAACGUUAAAAGUCCUUCUAGUCCAGUCGGUAGUGAUAAAUCAGAUAGACCGAAAAAAUCAAGUAGUUCAACUAGUCUGGGUGCACUAUCCUCAAUGUUUGAGAGUCUUACUAAUGGACCUUCAGCAGUUACAAAUGGUGGAUCUAGUGAAGGAGGUGGAGGUGGUAAAACAAGCAGUCAUCCGUUAGCUGCUUUACAGAAAUUGUGUGACAAAACAGAAAAUCAUCAUCAACACCAUCAUCGACCAAGUAGCCGUUCGUCUUCUAACGCAUCUGCUACUAAUGGUGGUGGACCGGCGCAAUCUAUGUCUCCACCGGCCUCUAAUGCUGCUGGUACUACUCCUGGAGCAAUUCUAGCGUUUAGCUGGGCCUGUAACGACGCCGUCAUGACUGCGGAUUCUAUUAUGAAGUGUGCAUUUUGUGACACUCCUUUUAUCUCAAAGGGGGCUUACAGGCACCACUUGUCCAAAGUACAUUUUGUAAAAGAAGGCAUUACCCCAGAACCAAUCAUGUUGAAACAACCACAAACUGUUGGGAAUUCUUCAUCUGGCGGACAACAGCAUCAAUCAGGUAAUGGAUCAUCAUCAUCGGUUUCUUCACCUUCGUCGUCUGCUCAAAAAUCACCUAACCAUCACAAUAACAAUAACCAUCAUAAUAACAAUAACAACAAUAUUUCACAUGCUUCGACGUCUGGAUCAGGAGUGGCGGGAUCCAAAAGUCCUGAAAAGACAGCCAUCAAUAGCUACGAUGAAAGUCCCCACUCAAAAUUCCUCAAAUACACCGAACUGGCCAAACAACUAUCGAGUAAAUACGUCUAGUCAUAGUCUCUCAAUUAUAUUACUAAUUAAUUACUUCGUUGUCAUUAAUCUCAUUCCCUCCUUUUUUCUAAUUUUAUCUAUUUUAUCUUGCUGUCUAAAACUAUUGUAUAUGAUAGCAUACGUUUUUCAAACUUUUUCUUUCGGUCUCUCGAUAACUAUUUUCCUGUAAAUGUGUAUACAACUUUAUAAAAAAUAUUUGAUAUAAGUCUAUUAUUUAAAUGGAUAAUUUUGAGGAAAUCUAUUUGUUUAUAGCUAUUAUAAUGAAUGUGUAAAAAGAUUUUUAGCCGUAUUGAUGAGACUUUUAAUUAUAAAUAGUAUAUUUAUCUUCUACGAUUUAAAAAAGAAACCACUCGAAUUCUUUGUUAACUCUAAGUAUUAUUAUAUUUACCAAAAUUGAAAACGAAAAGUACUCGAAACAUGUAUACGCGUUAGUAAAGUAUAAUAAAUUAACUAGUUUAUUUAUUUAAAAUUUUAACACGAUAAUGACAUUUUAAUAAUAAUUAUAAAUUCAUAAUUAUAAAAAAAAAAAAAUUAUAUAAAGUAUGAUUUUCCAUGUUGUAGAUAAGCUAGCGAUAUAACAUUGUACAACAUUAUGUAUACCUAAAGAUACAUGAAUAUUUAUUAUAAUUUCUACAGACACACAUACGAUAAUUGAUUGUAUACGAUUCUGUUUACUACUAUGAUUAUAGUAAUUAUUUUCAUGAAAUUUUUCUGCUCAUAUAAUUUACAAGUUUCCGUACAUACAUACAUUUUAUAUAAAUUAUUCCAUAUAUUUUCAUGUGUGCUAAAAAUCUGACUUAAAAGGCUGUCAAUGUCAACUAUGUAUAACGAUUAAUGCUUAAGAUUUAUAAGUAGAGUUAAUUAAUAUCAAUCGACAACAUUAGGCUAAGGUCAUUUUAAACAAAUAUGUUAAUAAUUGUAAUGCUAAUGUGCAUUAUUUUUAUCCCGUUUAAAUAAUUGUUACAAUUUCGCGUAGAGUGUAUUCAAGUUCGUAUUUUGUUUGACUUGCGGAAAAAAAAAUCCAUUCCAAUUUUUAACUAUGUAAACGCAAUACAACGUAUUGUUAUUUGAUAAUAUACAAUAUUCUUGUUCCUAUAUUAGUAUGUAAAAAAUUUAACACAUAAGAUACGAUAAUAAUAUUAUACGAUUUGAUUAAUUCUAAUCUGCGCUCAAUAUACAUGCGUAUACGUGCCUCCCCUAAAUUUUUUCUUGUAUUUUUAAUUUUUAGUUAUUAAAUAAGCCAGUAAGCAAAAUAGUUACCAUUUAAAUAAUAAAUUUUAUUUUUGUUCUGUUGGUUAUUUAAUUUAAGGGGUAUGUUUCAGUUUGUUUUAUUCAAUAGUUCUUAUUGAGGGCGAUAAUCACAAUUAUUUACUUUGCAUUAAGUUUGGCAUGUUUAUUAUUAUUUUAGUAUAAUGAUCAAUCGGUGCCAUUAAAUUCACGUAUGAUACAUGAACACUUAAUAAUUUCAGUAACUCAAAACGAAAAUGUUUUCUUUAUUAAUUAUACUAAAAAAGUUUACAAUGCGGGGUAGUCAGUAUUUUUUACUAUCGUACUGAUUGCUUUAAUUAAUACUGAAAACAAUUUCUAUUUAUGACUUCUAUUAAAAAAAUAAAGAUGUCAUGCCAGUUAAUUAUGCAAUUGAAAAAAAUGUCACAUUUAUGUAUACGGUUAAAAUAUGUGUAAUUGAUUAAUAUAUUUAUAAUAUACAUUUAUAUGUUUUAUUAUUGUAAAAUGUUUUGUUUACAACGUGUUACUAUUACUAUAUAUUAUAAUAUUUUUUUGUUUUACUUUAAGUUUUAUCUAUAAAAUCUGCAAAUCUGUUGUACAUAUAUAUAUUAAAAUAGAAUUAAAUAGUAAUAUAC